UUGCGACGGCCUUUAUUGAAGUUUCGUGGAAGUAGCCUCUUUGUCAGGACGCCAAUAAGAAGAGAGUUGUAUAUAAAGAGUACGGUUUACCCCAGGAGCGUUGUAUAGUCAGACGAGGAAGGGACGAUUGCUUCGCAUCUUCGACUGUGAAAACAAACAAAAGGAUGGGGAAAGGAAAAGGCCUGCCAUCAACGCCAGGGAAGCAACUGAAGUCCAAAGUUCCCAAAAAGAAGCAUCGCUGGUCCUUGAAAAGGAAGUUUCAGGAAAAGGAGAAGGAAACGAAACGGUUCCAAGCAGUGUUAGCCGAGAGGAGGGCAGAACUGAACCACAUGGAACAGGCGGAACGGAAAGCGAAGACAAAGCUGAGAAAGCUUGCGCGAAAAAAUUCAGAAACCAAGAAAGGCAAUCGUAUAGCAGCAAUGAACAUUGCUCGGAUCGAGAUUUAUAUCGCUGCUAUGCUUGAUAUGUUGGAUGAUUAAAUUUUCUUAAUGAAUUACAUUGCUGGGGUUUGCCCAGUAGCCGUCCACUGGGGACUCCCUCCCUCCGACUGAUAUCGAUCCAUCCUUGCUUGUAUUUUAAUCCUUUGCUUUAGCCUAUUUCUUGCUUUGAAUAUCAUCUUGUAACGGAUUUUUAUGUUAUUUUCAGUAGUAGUACUGUUAUUUUUAUGUUAUAAUCCGCCAAUUUUCAA